AAGUGAUCCUGUAAAGUUCCUUUUUCCUUUGAGGUACGGAACCAUAAAAAAACGCGCGUAAAUCGCGUUUGGUAUACAACACUUUUGACUCGUGCGAGAAUUAAGUAUUAUUUACUACAUCCAUGACUACAAGCCGACACUUGAAAGACAUGUAAUUUGGCACAGUGGUAUUUUGGAGACAUGGACACUAGAUAUAUUGCAUUCACAGAGUUUACGCGCAAACUAUAUAUAGCUCUUGGCACUCUCCAGUCGGCAUUCGAAGUUUAAAGUUACAGUGCAGUUUACUUAUUCUGAGUUACACUAGUUAUGCUAUUUAGAAUCACCAAUAAUAAUUAUUCAUUAUCUCAAUAUUGCUGAGAAGUAAAAAAAAAUGAAGUUAUUGAACAGUAUUUUUUUAAUAAUAAGCUCGCAGGUUUUGGACAUUGAUCUUUUGAUAAUUGAUGAAUGCCUUCGCAUUGAUACUGGCAGAGAUAUAAACGAUACGGGUAGUUUAGAUGAAAGUUUGCUAAAUAAACUAAGCAAAGAGAUAGUUCCUAAGUUAGAUGGAACAAGGAAGGGAGAAGCUGGAGGCAUUGCAGUCAUUGGAGGUUCUGUAGCACAUCCUGGACCACCAUUUUUUGCGGCUACAUCAGCUUUAAAGGUUGGGGCAGACUUUGCUACUGUGAUCACAACAGAAAAUGAAGCAUCCAUCAUUAAAUCUUACAGCCCAGAGCUUGUUGUGGUUCCAUAUACAUUCAUGAAUAGUACCCCACUUUAUUUAGAUGUCGUUGUUAUUGGACCAGGCUUAGGCAAAUCACCAGAAGCAUUGAGCCUGGCCUACGAAAUGAUAAAAUUUUGUAAGGAAAAUCACAAACCCCUAGUCAUUGAUGCAUAUGGGCUGUAUGCGCUCUCUAAAAAUGUAGCAAUACUGAAAGAUUAUCCAAGACCUGGUGCAAUUCUAACACCUAAUGCAGUGGAAGUAAACUGGUUGAAGCAGUCUGUUCCGGAAAGUCAGGAACCUUGGUAUAAAUAUUGGGGCAGUUAUGUUACUGUUUUGCAAAAGGGUGAAAAGGACAUGUAUUUUUCAAGCACUGGCGCAUUUGACUGGUCUCUCCAAGGAGGAGGUUCUGGUAAACGUACUGGUUAUCAAGGAGAUAUUUUGGCAGGUGCCAUGGGGACUUUUUUUCAUUGGGGACUGAAGGCCAAUUUAUGCAAAGGCGACAAAUCUUCACAACUGGCACAAAGUGUGGCGGCGUACGCAGCAGCUAAGAUUACGAGAACUAGUAAUUCGAAGGCUUUUCAUGAACAUGGGAGAAGCAUGAUUGCUUCAGACAUGUUAAAUGAAAUACAUUCAGCAUUUGAUGAUUUAUUUUCCUAAUAAUUUUUUUUUUUUUUUU